UCAUCACCGGCCCAGGCGUCAUUCACUCCUUUGAAUUGUGCUGGUAGCAGUAAGGUGUCAUCAUUUGAGAUGGUCACAGUAUCCAAUACACUGAAGUCACAGGACUCAAAUUUCAUACAUGUUCACAGGGUCUCUGCCAAAAUCUUUUGAGGAUUUUUCCUCUGCUAGAGCAUCCAUGGAUGCAAUUGAAACAACCCAGGACAUCCCAACACAUAUGGAUAAUCAGGCCAUGGCCUACAGUAUGUACAAAAGUUGCCAUACUUUUAAAGCAGUAACUUGCGCGCUUCCAAAUGGUGCACUUACAUUUUGCUCCAUGCUGUACCCAGGUUCUACUUCUGAUGUAGCUAUUGUACGUCACAGCCAAGUUUUACGAAAGUUCAAAGCUGGAGACCUUAUUUUGGUGGUCAAAGGUUUCACCAUUCAUGACCAGUUGCCCCAGGGUGUCUGCUUAAUUAUAAAAGCUCUUUUAUCGACACGAGGCCAGUUUACCAUACAAGAAGCAGCACUGUGUUACAAGAUUGCUAAAGCACUUAUUCAUGUGGAAAGAGCCAACGAGAGGAUAAAGAAUUACGAGAUUCUCCGUCACAUACCAUCUACUUACAGACCAAUCUCAACAAAAAUAUUUCAACUCUGUUCUUGUCUUGUAAACUUGCAAGCUCCACUUUUGAAAGAAAUUACUUAAAGAUACAUGUACUUAUUAUAAAUUUGCAUUGGCGUGUGACAGUAUACACUAAACAGUGAAGAUAUUCAUACCAAAGUGCAAGGGAUAAGCAAAUUUUGAUUUGUUAUCAAUGUCAAUGGUUAUAUUUGUUAACUUUGUAGUAUGUUGUAAUACAUGUACUUCAGAAAAUGAAAAUCCCUUUUGUUAGCAUGGAUUUAUUACAAGAAUGUUUGGCAAUUCCAUUCUUCAUUUGACAAUAUAAUUUGGAAGAGGGUUUACUUAUAAUCUCUAGUUUAAAGUAUAUUUACCUUUAAAGCACAACUCAACAAAUUCAUGUUUUCAACAAUUUAUCUAUUAAGAAAGACAAAAAUGUUACAUUUUCACUUUGAGAAUAACAUCUUCAAUUCAUUAAUAAAAUGAUUCUAAAUUUU